UUCCCAUCUCGCGUUCAUUUGCUACCUCGUGGUCUUCCACAGAGCCAUGCAGCGUCCGGAGGAUAACUUAUCGGCUGACUUCGUUGGCGGGGUAAUCAACAUCAAAAAAUAGAGUCUGCCCGCCCCUGCUGGGUAUCUCAUAUGCGACGGGCGUGUAGGGCAUGUGCAGCGCCCUCGGAUAGGAAAACAUCGUUCAUCAUGGAGACAGGAAUACAUACAGCAGGAUGGCGGAGCGCCCCUUGUCUCUUCAUAUAUAGGCCCAGCCCCUUGUCCGAACCAUCCCCUUCCAGUAGAGAAGCACGCCGGUUGAACAAGCCAGCGCACGGUAUAUAAAAGAGCGCGUCGCGUCCGUUGCUUCGCUGUACCCCCUCUCUUUCUCUCCUUUCGUGCCAACUUUCUAGGUCCGUGGAGGCUGCGUUUCGCCAUGACACCCUCGUUUUCCUCCCUUCUAGUGAAGGGCGCCUUCCUGCUCUCUGCUUCUGCACCUGUCUUCGCUAUCUGGCCGUUGCCCUCUAACUUGGAACUCGGAUCAUCCACACUCAAACUUGACUCCAAUUUCUCUAUCCAAACCUCUGGCCUCUCUUCUACUCCUGAUGACCUCCAAGCUGCCAUCGACCGCACCACAAACUACAUCGCCACAGACGGCCUCGAACGUCUCGUCGUCGGUCGUGGUUCCGUAGACGCCGACUCGCUUUCCAACGCAAGCACCCUAUUCUCUUUAGUCCUGCAGUACACCGGCACUGGCGACGCGAAGAGCAUCACGGAAGAGAGUCAGGUUCUGGUUGAGGAAAGGGUCGAAACCUACUCGUUGACUGUUCCCGCGGAUGGUUCUUCGGCGACGAUCAGUGCCAACUCGACUUUGGGGCUGUUCAGGGGUUUGACGACCUUUGAGCAAUUGUGGUAUACCCAUGAGGAUGCGAUCUACACCGUGUCGGCGCCUGUGACGAUUCAGGACUCACCUGCAUACCCGUACCGCGGUUUCAUGCUCGAUACCUCGCGAAACUACUUCCCUGUUUCGGACAUUAAACGCACUUUGGACGCGAUGAGCUGGGUGAAGAUGACAACAUUCCACUGGCACGUCGUGGACAGUCAGAGUUUCCCUCUCCAAAUCGACGGUUACAUGGAGCUUUCGGAGACUGGAGCCUAUGAUAAUAGCUCGGUCUAUACAUCCUCUGACGUCGCCGACAUCGUUUCUUAUGCUGGUGCUCGCGGGAUCGACGUUAUAGUCGAAAUUGACACUCCUGGUCACACCAGCGUCAUCCACCUCUCCCACCCCGAACACAUCGCAUGCCCCGAAUUCACCCCCUGGGCAACCUACGCCAAUGAACCCCCGGCCGGCCAACUCCGCAUCACUUCCAACGAGACCCAACAAUUCACCGCCGGGAUGCUCACCGCGGCCGCCUCCAUGUUCCCCUCGCCGUACUUCAGCACCGGAGGAGACGAGAUCAACCAAAACUGUUAUGAUUGGGACAACGAGACGCAGAGCGCGUUGAAUGCGACGGGAGCGACGUUCGAGGAGAUGUUGAGCGAUUUCGUGGUGGUGAACCAUCAGGCGUUGGAAGCGGUGGGUAAGACGCCGGUUGUUUGGGAAGAAAUGGUCCUCGACCAUAAUGUUACUCUGUCGAACGACACCGUCGUUUUCGUUUGGAUAAGCUCCGCCAACGCUCUCGCUAUCGUUCAAGCAGGCUUCAAGCUCGUCCACGCUCCCUCCGACUACUUCUACCUCGACUGCGGCCACGGUGGCUGGGUCGGCUCCUACCCCGCCGGCGCCUCCUGGUGCGACCCCUUCAAAACCUGGCAAUACGCCUACACAUUCGACCCCACCGCAAACAUGACCUCCUCCGAAGCCUCUCUCGUCCUUGGCGGCCAACAGCUCCUCUGGACUGAACAGUCUGGCCCUGGUUCGCUCGAUUCGACGGUCUGGCCGCGUGCGGCGGCGUCGGCGGAACUUUUCUGGAGUGGCCCGGGGGGCAAUGUGACUAGUGCGUUGCCGAGGCUGCAUGAGUUGAGCUUUAGGAUGGCGCAGAGGGGGGUGGAGACGAUUCCGUUGCAGCCGCUUUGGUGUGCUUUGAGGGAUUAUGCUUGUGAUUUGACGGCUUGAGUGGGGUUUUACUUUUGGAUGUGUUAAGUAUGUUAGGAUGCGGUGGUGAUUUCUUGGACUAAUACUGAGUUACAUAUAUCUGUUGUUCGAACUAACGAAACAUGUUGUUGGAUAUCCUCACCCACACCAGGCAUGGACCCCUUUUUGGUGGUAUACAAAAUUAUGGAAAAG